CGAUGCGUAUUCUGUCAUACCGUCGCGAUUGUUGCAUGAUUAAUCUUGACUCGCGUCCUAUCAGCUCGUUGAACGUUUGCUUUGCCGUUGCUUUGCUGUCCGGCAGAAUGGUGGGGUGGUUUGUUCUGGUCCGCAGUGAUUUUGGGAGGCGAUGGCAUUCUGAUGCGUCCCCCUGGCUGCCCUCUUCGCGUAUUCAUCCGUGGCUUCGUCUCCUGCUAUGCCCUUGUGACCUGGGAUCUAUCUUAUGGAACAUGCCUACGAGGUGGUGACCGGGUUGUGUUCGGAAGGCAUUGGUGGCUCUUGUUGCGUGCCUCUCUAGCAUUAGCUAGUAGCGAUAGACACAAAUGCACUGACCUGCACGGACUCGAUGACCAAGCGCGCGUCCGAUCUCUGAAGUUGACGAAUCGCGACCACGGUCAUACCUACGACGACGACCGAACUAUCACUCUCGGACAUAUAAAGUACCUAGUGACUCAUGGGUUGGUUAGGUUACUGCUUGUUGCAUGGGCCAGGCCAGUCAGACGGCAAAGACCUUCAGGACCCUGUCGGACAUCAAUGUCAAGUAGUUCGACGUGCAUGUCGAUCGUUCCAUGUCUAGUUCAUCUCCGUCAAUAAAAAUUACCUCAGGAAAACAUCUCGAUCCCGGUAUUCACGCUGUAACAGAAUGAAGCCUUCAGACCGAUGUGGUUACUCAAGGACAAUGCACUCACGCGUUCAUGGCAUGGUCCACAAAUAUUCCACAAAGCAUCGUUGUACGAAAUCCACAAGGG